AUGGCCGGUCGCUCGAAAAAGAAGGGCACCUCUGGUGCUGCCAAAAACUACAUCACUCGGACGCGCGCCGUGAAGAAGCUUCAGAUCUCUCUCCCCGACUUCAGACGACUAUGUAUCUUCAAGGGAAUCUACCCCCGUGAGCCGCGCAACAAGAAGAAGGUCUCGAGGGGCUCCACCGCUGCGACUACCUUCUACUACACCAAGGAUAUCCAGUACCUCCUCCAUGAGCCGCUGCUGGCAAAGUUCCGUGAGCACAAGGCUGUCGCAAAGAAGAUUGGUCGCGCCCUCGGUCGCGGCGAGUCUGGAGAUGCAUCGCGUCUCGAGAAGAACCUCAUGCCCAAGGUCAAGCUCGACCACAUCAUCAAGGAGCGCUACCCUACCUUUGUCGACGCCCUGCGUGACCUCGACGAUGCCCUGUCUAUGCUCUUCCUCUUCGCCAACCUUCCCUCGAGCGACCACGUCCCUGCAAAGACCAUUGCCCUCUGCCAGCGAUUGACCCGCGAGUUCGAACACUACGUAAUCACCUCCCACGCCCUCCGCAAGUCCUUCCUCUCUAUCAAGGGUAUCUACUACCAGGCCACAAUCCAGGGUCAGGAUAUCCUUUGGCUGGUACCAUACAGGUUCGUGCAGCGAACAGGCGGCGACAUUGAUUUCAGGAUCAUGGGUACUUUCGUCGAGUUCUACACAACUCUUCUCGGCUUUGUCAACUACCGCCUCUACACCUCAGUCGGCCUGGUAUACCCACCCAAGUUCAACGCAAAGAGCGACGAGCAAGGUGGUGAGCUUGCUGCAUUCCAGCUUGAGGGCAAGGCCACUGCAAUCAACGGCGCAACCAACGGACGUGAUGAGGAUGCCGAGAUCAACCCCGAGGCACAGGCGAUAGCAGACAGGAUUGGAGCUAUGCCUGAUGUUGACGAGGAGGAGAGCACCACGGCUGUGGCCAAGGUUGCCACUGAAGACGAUGAGGAGGAGGCCAAUGACGAGAUUGACAAGUUCGAGCCGACUGCCCCCGAUGCCGAUGUCCUACUCCAGCCGCAAGCAAGCAGCGCCGAGGUUGCCUCCCUAUUCGCUCCAUUCACCUUCUACUUAUCACGAGAGACACCCAGAGCAUCGCUCGAGUUCAUAUUGAAGGCGUUUGGCUGCAAGAGAGUCGGUUGGGACGGAACUCUCGGUGAUGGUGCUUUCACAACCAACGAGUCGGACCCAAACAUCACACACCAGAUCGUUGACCGACCCGCUCUCUCCAACGGCGCGUCCAACGGGGAUGCCGAGGAUGCUGCUGCUCCCAAGGUUCAAUGGCCCUACUCCAUGAUGCCUGGACGUACUUACGUCCAGCCACAGUGGGUCUGGGACAGUAUCAACCAAGGCAAGCUGUUGCGACCAGACCACUACUCCCCUGGCGCAGAUCUGCCACCGCAUCUGAGCCCUUGGGUCAAGCCCAAGAAGGGCGAGUACGACCCUAACCUUCCUCUCGCCGCGCAACAGCCAGAGGGCGAGGCUGAGGCGUUUGAAGAUGAGGGUGAUGAAGACGAGGCAACCUUCGACGUUGACGGAGAUGAGGACAUGGAUGCCAUUGUUGACCGCGAAGGCUCGGUCGAAGUCGGCGAGGGCAUGGAUGUCGCUGACGACUCUGAAGACGACAGUGACGAUGAUGAAUCAGAUGAAGCUGGCGCAGGCGAGGAGUUUGACGGCUUCGACUCUGAUGCUGAAUCGGACAUCUCAGAAGGAGAGGCAGCUCGUCUUCAACACCAGCGUGAACUGGAAGCUGAAGCCACUGGCAAGAAGCUCGAGGUCAAGAAGCCGACAAGGAAAGAGGAGAACGCUGCCAUCCGCAAGAAGGCCGAGAAGAAGAAGCGCGCAGAAGAGGAGGAGCGCGAGAGGCAAAAGAUGAUGUUGUCUAACAAGAAGCGCAAGCUGCUCAAGCGUAUCGAAUAUGGCGAGGACAAGCGCAAUAAUGAGUCUGAGAGCCUGCGCAGAAAGCGUGCAAAGGUCGAGAAGGCAAAGGCUGCUGCUGAGGCUCUAUAG